GAGGAGGAGGAGGAAGAGAGCGAAGGCCCUGGCGAGGCCCAGGAACGAAGCUUGAGCCCAGCCCCUGCCCCUUCGCAGACCUCGGAGGCGACCGCACAAGUCGCCGUGUCGGUGCCAAAGAAGAAGCGAAGGAUGAAGGAGCUGAACAAGAAGGAGGCAGUGGGCGAUUUGCUGGAUGCCUUUAAAGAGUCUCAGACUGGUGACAGUGCCUCAGAGGCGGAGAACAAGCCCCCCACAUCCACCCCUGCCAGUGAAGCAGAGGAUGCGGCUCCUGCCCGUCCACAGGAAGAGUCGGAGGAGACGUGGGAGGAGAAGGAGGACAAGCUGGCCCCAGAGAAGGGCAAGGCUGGUGACCAGAAGUAUCGCUACAAGGAAGAGCAAUGGAAGCCACUGAACCCUGAGGAGAAGAAGCGAUACGACCGUGAGUUCCUGCUGGGCUUCCAGUUCAUCUUUGCCAGCAUGCAGAAACCUGAGGGACUGCCCCAGAUCACAGAUGUGGUGCUGGACAAGCCCUGUGUACCUUCGCAGGCCAACAAGACCCCACUGCGGGCACUUGACCCCAUCCGCCUCAGCGGCAUGAACUGCAGCCCUGACUUCACCCCCUCCUUUGCCAACCUUGGCCGGCCUGUCAUGGGCAGCCGGGGCCUGCCCUCAGGGUUGGGUCCCCGUCGCGCCCAGCAGAGCCAGAGGAAGGAACCCCGCAAAAUCAUUGCUACCGUGACCCUCAAUGAGGAUGUCAAGCUGAACAAGGCUGAGAAGGCCUGGAAACCCAGCAGCAAACGUGCUUCCGAGGAGGAGGAUCCUGAGAACAUCAAGACGCAGGAACUGCUCCGCCGUGUCCGCAGCAUCCUCAACAAGCUGACACCCCAGAUGUUCCAGCAACUGAUGAAGCAGGUGAUGGAGUUGUCCAUCGACACGGAGGAGCGGCUCAAGGGUGUCAUCGACCUCGUCUUCGAGAAGGCCAUCUCGGAGCCAAACUUCUCUGUUGCCUAUGCUAACAUGUGCCGUUGCCUUAUGGGGCUUAAAGUGCCCACAACAGACAAGCCCACAGUGACUGUGAACUUCCGCAAGCUGCUGCUCAACCGCUGCCAGAAAGAGUUUGAGAAGGACAAGGACGAUGAUGAGAUCUUUGAGAAGCGGCAAAAGGAGAUGGACGAUGCCAGUGCUCCCGAGGAGAAGGCACGCAUGAAGGACGAGCUGGAGGAGGCGCGGGACAAAGCCCGACGUCGAUCCCUGGGCAACAUCAAGUUCAUUGGAGAGCUCUUUAAACUGAAGAUGUUGACAGAGGCCAUCAUGCAUGAUUGCGUAGUGAAGCUGCUCAAAAACCACGAUGAGGAGUCUCUUGAGUGCCUUUGCCGCCUGCUUACAACCAUUGGCAAGGACUUGGACUUUGAGAAAGCCAAGCCCAGAAUGGACCAGUACUUCAAUCAGAUGGAGAAGAUCAUCAAAGAGAAGAAAACAUCAUCCCGAAUCCGUUUCAUGCUGCAGGAUGUGAUUGACCUCAGACGGAAUAGCUGGGUGCCGCGGCGAGGAGACCAGGGCCCCAAAACCAUCGAUCAGAUCCACAAGGAAGCAGAGAUGGAGGAGCAUCGGGAACACAUCAAAGUGCAGCAGCUCAUGUCAAAGGACAAGAGGAGAGGACCUCCCGGGCCAUCCUCCGGUGGGCGCAGUAGUCUGGUUGCAGACGAUGGCUGGAACACGGUGCCCAUCAGCAAGGGCAACCGGCCCAUCGACACCAGCCGGCUAACGAAGAUCACCAAGCCUGGAUCCAUUGACUCCAACAACCAGCUCUUUGCGCCAGGUGGGCGGCUGAGCUGGGGCAAAGGCAGCAGCGGAGGGUCUGGUGCAAAGCCCACGGAUUCAGCAUCUGAUUCAGGGCGACCAGCCACGAGCACCUUGAACCGCUUCUCAGCGCUCCAGCAGUCGACACCUGCUGAGAGCCCAGAGCCUCGCCGUGUGGUGCAGAGGAGCAGCUCCAGCCGUGACAGGUCAGAGAAGGCUGGGGACAGAGGGGACCGGGAGUCACGUUCGGAGAAGGGCGGUGACCGUUUGGAACGUCCUGACCGGGGGGAGCGGGCAGACAGGAACAGGUCUGCCCUCACCAAGAGGAGCUUCAGCAAAGAGACAGAAGACAGGAGCCGAGAACGGGAGAAGCAGGGCGCCCCUGAGGCCGUGCGCAAGGCUGCUAGCAUGACAGAGGAAAGGGACCGGAGCCGAGAGACCAUUAAACAAGAGCCAGCACCUCCUGCAACAUCCACCAAGCCUGCACUGUCAGAAGAGGAGCUGGAGAAGAAGUCCAAGGCGAUCAUAGAGGAAUACCUGCACAUCAAUGACAUGAAGGAAGCCCUGCAGUGUGUGCAGGAGCUGGGCAGCCCCUCUUCGCUCUACAUCUUCGUGCAGAAUGGCAUCGAGUCCACGCUGGAGCGGAGCACUAUCUCCCGUGAGCACAUGGGGGCCUUGCUCUGCCAGCUGGUUAAGGCGGGCACACUCUCCAAGGAGCAGUACUACAAAGGGCUGCGGGAGAUCUUGGAGAUCGCAGAGGACAUGGAGAUUGACAUCCCGCACAUCUGGCUGUACCUGGCUGAGCUCAUCACCCCCAUCCUGCAAGAGGAAGGCAUUCCCAUGGAGGAAUUGUUCAGGGAGAUCACGAAGCCCCUGGUGCCCAUUGGGAAGGCCACCACGCUGCUGGUUGAGGUGCUGGGCUUGUUGUGCAAGGGCAUGAGCCAGAAGACCGCAGGCAAGCUGUGGCGGGAUGGGGGCCUGAGCUGGAAGGAAUUCCUGCCUGAGGACCAGGAUGUCAACAAAUUUGUUACAGAGCAGAAAUUGGAGUACACGAUGGGGGAUAGCUCGGACACGCCGAGCCGCAAGGAGCUGACCUCGGAGGAGCUGUGCAGGCAAAUGGACAAACUGCUGAAGGAGAACCCGAACAACCAAAGAAUACAUGACUGGAUUGAGGCCAACCUGAGUGAGCAGCAGGUCUCGUCCAACACGUUUAUCAGGGCCCUGAUGACGUCUGUGUGCCACUCGGCCAUUGUCUUCGAGAACCCAUACCGUGUGGACGCCAUGGUCAUCCGCAACCAAGCCAAGCUGCUGCAGAAGUACCUGAGGGAUGAACAGAAGGAGCUCCAGGCACUCUAUGCCCUUCAAGCCUUGGUGGUGAAGUUGGACCAGCCUCCCAACCUGUUGCGGAUGUUCUUUGAUGCCCUGUACGAUGAGGACGUCAUCAAGGAGGAGGCUUUCUACAAAUGGGAGUCCAGCAAGGACCCAGCUGAGCAGCAGGGCAAAGGGGUAGCUCUCAAAUCGGUGACAGCCUUUUUCACCUGGCUCCGGGAAGCUGAGGAUGAAUCAGACAACAACUGAGCAGCAGCUGUGAGGAGGAAGAGGGGGAGAGAGAGUGGGGCACCCUGGGGACUGACUCCAUCCCCUCCCACCCCCAGCCCCCUUGGACUUGCUGAUGCCCGGGCUGAGGGACUUGCUGUGCCCCCUACAGCCUCCCUCUCUCUUUUUUCAGUUCUCCUCCUCUCCCUCCUUCCUCUGUCCUGGUUCUGUUUGCGGGGCCUGUACUAGUUUGUCACAAUUAAAAUGAACAGAAGCUGACGGAGGUGGCAGCUGCCGUGCGUCCCUUCGGGGACUCUCCUCACCCCUCUCCCAGCGCAGGCACACCAGGUCUCUGGGAGUGGGGCAGAGCACCCCCGGACUCAUGUCAUGAAGAGGGGGGAUGGGAUGGGGACAUAUCUCUCCCCUCCUCUUCCUCCUCCUCUUUCUCCU